UUAUCCAACCCUCUUAUCCACCACCCACACCACAUCUUUUAACUCGCCUUCGCAGAGAUCCUGCGGAGAAGAGGAGGAGGAGGAAAGCAGCACAGGCACAGUAGCAAAGAAGAAUGGCAGCGUCCCUCCAGGCCGCCGCUACCCUCAUGCAGCCGGCAAAGGUCGGCGCCACCAGCCGGACCGCUGCAGGAGUGCAAUUGAGGUCCUCAUCUCACCUCACCAAGGCCUUCGGCCUUGAGCCUGCUGCCAGUGCCAGGCUCACCUGCUCCUUGCAGUCGGACGUCCGAGAGAUGGCCCAGAAGUGCGCUGAUGGCGUCAAGCUCGCCGGCUUCGCCCUGGCCGCCUCCGCCCUCGUUGUCACGGGAGCAAGCGCGGAGGGAGUGCCGAAGAGGCUGACAUAUGACGAGAUCCAGAGUAAGACGUACAUGGAGGUGAAGGGGACGGGAACGGCGAACCAGUGCCCGACCAUCGACGGCGGGGUGGAGUCGUUCGCCUUCAAGCCGGGCAAGUACAACACCAAGAAAUUAUGCCUCGAGCCCACCUCCUUCACCGUGAAGGCGGAGGCCGUGAGCAAGAACGCCCCGCCAGAGUUCCAGAAGACGAAGCUGAUGACCCGCCUCACCUACACGCUGGACGAGAUUGAGGGGCCCUUCGAGGUCUCCCCCGACGGCACCGUCAAGUUCGAGGAGAAGGACGGAAUCGACUACGCUGCCGUCACCGUGCAGCUUCCCGGCGGCGAGCGCGUUCCCUUUCUCUUCACCAUCAAGCAGCUGGUGGCCUCCGGCAAGCCCGAGAGCUUCAGCGGCAAGUUCUUGGUGCCCAGCUACCGGGGCUCCUCGUUCCUGGACCCCAAGGGGAGGGGGGGCUCCACCGGGUACGACAACGCGGUGGCGCUGCCCGCCGGAGGGAGGGGAGACGAGGAGGAGCUGAGCAAGGAGAACAUCAAGAACACGUCGUCCUCCACGGGGACCAUCACGCUGAGCGUCACCAAGAGCAAGCCGGAGACGGGCGAGGUGAUCGGCGUGUUCGAGAGCUUUCAGCCGUCGGACACCGACCUAGGGGCGAAGACGCCCAAGGAUGUGAAGAUCCAGGGCAUCUGGUAUGCUCAGCUUGAGUCGUAGAGAAGAGCUUUCUGCGUCAGCUAUAUAUAUACCAUCUCUCUCUCUCUCUCUUUCUCUCUCUCUCUCUUCCUUGGACUGCUGCUGGCUUGAUUGUUCUGAUCUAUGAAAUAAUUAACAGACGUAUUAAUGAUGUAAUAGUUUAUAUUUUCUGAAGUUGAAUCUUACUUCCUAUUAUUGUUCUUA